UCUACUCUCUCUAUUCCUCGGAGUGGAUAAAUAACUGGCUGGUCUCUCAACCCGGAUGCUGUGCCAUAACUAUUGAUGAUUUUGCCCAGUGAGCACCGCUGUGGGCAGAGCAAGGGAGCGGAAAUAUUCCAGUACCCUUGAAGCGGACAGCUGCCACCGGAUCUACACUCUGCUGACCGCCGGGCUCCGCAUCCGAGCCGGGACGGCAGGUGGAUCAUAAUUCAUACCAAACACAGGGGAGGGUGUGAUCGCCACACUGAAGGCAAAAACGUCCCCUGCUCCUGCAAGAUCGUGACCACUUGCACGCCACUGAGGAGGUAGUGAAAGGGUGAGAAAGAGGGUGGAAGAAAGAGAAAGGGGGGAGGAGAGAGGAGCAUCACUACAGAGAGAGAGAUGGCGGAGUGCGGGCGGAAGGCGCUGUCUCUCCUGGAAGCGGCCCGCUCCCGGUACGAGAGCCUGCAGAUAUCCGACGACGUGUUCGGCGAGUCCGGGGACGACAGCAGCGACAAUCCCUUCUACAGCACCUCCGGAGACUCCGACUCUGAUAACUACAUAGCCGAGGUAGGUGAGGAGGAUCAGCAGCAGCAGCAGCAACAGCCACCGCAGCAGCAGCACCACCACCACCAUCACCACCAGAAACGAGGCGAUAAGGAGAGUGGACACAGCGGGGGAACAGGAGGUGGCAGCGCAGCAGGACCCCCCGGCUCCUUAUCCCGUAGUCAGGCAGAGGAAGAGGGCUGGACGGAGACUCUGCAGGAUGUCACGGUCCCGCCGUACAAUGAUACAUACGGACCUGCUCAAAAGAUGCCGGCCACCGCUACAGCCUUGGACUUUUUCCAGCUCUUUGUCCCGGACAACUGCAUCCAAAACAUGGUCACUCAGACUAACAUGUACGCCAAGAAGUUUCAGGAGCGGUUCGGCUCAGACGAAGGCUGGCGCCCCGUCACGGCCCAGGAGAUGAAGGCGUUCCUGGGCUUUGUCACCUCCACCAGCGUGCACCGCUGUGAGUCAGUGCUCAGCAUCUGGAGCUCGGGCUUUUUCAGCAACCAAAGCAUCGCCUUGAAGAUGAGUCAGUCGCGUUUUGAGAAGAUCCUCAAGUACUUCCACAUUGUGGCUUUCCGGCCAUCACAAGGAAGCAACCAGGGCCUUUACAAGAUCCAGCCCUUCCUGGACUCGCUGCAGCAGUCCUUCAGCUGCACUUUCAGACCAUCACAAACACAGGUUCUUCAUGAGCCCUUGAUAGAUGAGGACCCAGUGUUCAUCACCACUUGUACAGAAAGAGAGCUGAGGAAGAGGAAGAAGAGGAAGUUCAGCCUCUGGGUUCGACAGUGCACCUCCACCGGUUUUAUCUGUCAGAUCGCAGUCCAUCUGAAAGACGGCCAGGGUACAGAUGGUCUGGCCACCUUGAAGAACAAACCUCAGCUCCACAGUCUUGUGGCUAAGCAGCUCUGCCAGAACAUUUCCGGAAAAAACGCCAUCAUCUUCACUGGGCCAUCCAUCACGAGCCUCAGCCUCUUCACAGAAUUCAGCAAACAAGAUAUCUAUUGCUGUGGUUUGCUUAGCACCAGGAAGAGCGACUGUACAGGCUUACCGCAAAGCAUGCUGGUCUGUGGCUCCACGCCUGCUCAGCGUGGCCAGUCUCGCAUAAUGAUGAAAGGCAGCAUGUCGCUCAUCAGCUGGUACAACAAAGGACACUUUAAGUUCCUUGCCAAUGCCUAUUCCCCAACAAAAAAAGGGCUGAUCAUUAAGAGGAAAAGCGGGGAGAUCCCGUGUCCUUUGGCUGUUGAGGCCUUUGCGGCACACCUCAGCUACAUCUGCAAAUACGACGACAAGUAUAGCAAGUACUUCAUCUUCCACAAGCCUAACAAGACAUGGCAACAGGUGUUCUGGUUGAGCAUCAGUAUUGCCAUCAACAACGCAUACAUCCUAUACAAGAUGUCUGACGCCUACACAGUCAAACGCUACAGUCGAGCACAGUUUGGAGAGAGACUGGUCAGAGAGCUGCUUGAUCUAGACGACUGCUCCCCCACGCAGUGAGGAAGAGAAGGAGGAGGUUGAUGAAGACAGAAGGAGCUCACAACAAAAAUACUUAACACAACCCCCCCCCCACACACACACAUACAUUCACGCUCAACCUUACAGACUUUGCAGUCUGUGUCUAUGUGAUAAUACUGAAGCAGUGCCAAGCCUAUUUCUCUCUUCCUAUAGUGGUUUUUGUGGCUCUGUAAAUAUUCAUUAACACACAACUGCAUACUACACAAUAAUCGUGAGCCAUGAGACUCGACUGCAAUCAUUAACCCCGCAGAUUUACUAAGGAUUUGUCAACAGGAGCUUUUUCACAAGCAGAGCUGAAUGAUGGAACAGGAAAAGCAAGAAGAUUUCACUCCUAAAUGAUGUCAGCUUCAAGUUUUAACCAGUUAAAUUAUUUAUACAAGCCUGAAUGAAACUUCUGUCCAAACACCAUAACCGUCAGGCUGAAAGGCUACAUGUAGCUCAAUAUUUACACUCUGCAAAAACACCUGUAACAAAGUCUUAGUAAACCAGGAAUAAGGUGUGUUCACACGCUGCAUGCGUUAAGAAUCUCGAUUGUGAUGUUUACUUGUUCGGUGUGAAAAUGAUUUCUGCUCCAGGUGAGUUUUGAAAAUUUGUACGUGUGUAUUUAGUAAGUGGAAACUGCCGUUUGUGUGUGCGACAUUGAGCCAGAGGAUGUAAAUGUAUGGCUUUUGUGACCCAGAUGUGUUGUUGCUGCAUAUUGUACCUAUGAGAGAAAGACUGUCAGUCGCUAUAAAGCCACACCCAGCAGUGUGCCACAGCUUCACAGCCUCCCAGAAAAGACCAAAAAGAGUCUUUAAAAAGUUCCUGCUUCCAGUUUUUUUAAUUGUAAUAAGUAAUAUGAAAUAAACGGCAAUAAAGUUAAAGCUAGGAAAACGUAUUCCUAGGUUUUGUUUUGUUUAUCAAAGAGUUUGCUUCUUGAACUCAGGUUAACUGUGUGUGUAGGUGUUGAUUUUAUUUGACCACAGAAAUUAACAACUCCACAACUGUUACCAAAUAUUACCCAAUCCUGAUUGGUACACAUAUAUAUAUGUGACUUUUUUCCAUAGGAUUGAAAGGCCUAUACAAAGGAAGCAAUUAAUAGAAUAGAAAACAGGCAUUCAGGGUCUUUAACAACAACUCUAACAACAAAUGCUGUCACAUCUGCGUCCCGCUUUUGUACCAAGAACACUUUUUUUUUUUUUUUUUUUUUGGCAGGAAACUCGUCAUAAUCAUGUGAUUCAUUACACUUUAGUGUACUUUAGCUUUGCAAGGAAGAACAUGCUCAAAUCUCCUCGAUUAAAUGAGCCAGUGUUGCUAGGCAAUGAGUAUAAUCUUGGCCAAUGGACAGGGGUUUGGGUAACAUUCCUUGGCAGCGCUUAGGUCCAGAAAGCAAAAACUAAAUCACUGGUGGCUUAUAAAACGUCUUAACAAAACAAAUGUUUGAACAAAUUAUAUUCUUUUUCUCAGUUGUUUUUGGCACAUUUCACCAAACAUUAUUUCUCAGCACAUUUUUGAAAAAUGCACGUCCCAAAACUUUAGUCUGUCAGUGAAUAAUGCUCUGCCCUCACAAAUCACACCACGGUAAACCGAGACGCUGAAAACUAAUUUUUCAUCAGAAUGACCGACUAGAAGUGUGUUCCUAAUCUUUGUCAUUUCCAAAAGGUUUUUCCCAACUUCUUUUCAAUGACUGAAAAUGUACAUAGCACAAUACAGAACAAAAAAACGUCUCCCUUUGCAGGUUUUGCCUGUUUCUAACAACCUGCUGUAACUCUGUAGCUCUAUAAAUGUGUUUUAUAGCACUCUUACUCCUGAAUUACACCUUUAUGCUAACCUGAUCGUGUAUCCCAUUGGUUGAUCUGAGAGGAAUGUGUUAAACCAAACACCAUGAAGCUUCUUACUUUGGAGUGUAAAACUAAAUAUAAAGAAAGCUGACCUGCCUCGAACAAAAAGACACAUACACUUAACUGUUAAAAAUUCUAGACAAUAGUGAUUAGUCAUCAGGCUAAAUGUGCUAAAUGAUUUGCAGUACGCCACCAGUUCACAACAUCCCACGCUAAAGAGUUUAGACACGACAGAAAGAAACUUUCUUAAAGCCCCUGAAAACUUUGUUUCAAACUUUUUUUUUCCUAAAGACCAGAAAGCAAAAGUGAGCGAAAUACAGUCUACGUUCAAUACAAAGUGACAGUGAGGAUGCCGUUUGAUUUGAACAACAGAUUGUACUUACAAGAGCUUAAUUCACACAUUCUCAAACUCUAAUUGGUGUAAAGGCAUACAUGCCAUUACGAAAGACUAACAACUAAAGUUCAAGCGCCACUUUGAUGCUGUUAUACGGGUUCAUUUGCAAACAAAGAAUCAUUCUGUUGUGGACAAAUAACCAAAAUUUGUAAAGGAUUUCAUGUUGUUUCAAUAUGUUCAACUGUCAUUCAGUAAAUGAGCCAAAAACACCCCCCAGGCUAUAACACUGCUGUCUGUAGCUUUAACAAGGACAAGGUCAACACUUUAUUGUUGUGCUGGAACGUGUUAUGAAGACUGUAAGUGAAAGGUGUCGGCGCGUGCUUGCCCCAUCAGCAUGGUUCAAAGUGUGUAUUCAUAUACUGGUAUGAUGACAGUCUUUAUGCUGGUAAAGCAGGGUUGCUGAGCGAAUUGGUCCCACCCCCGUCACAGUCUUGCACUUUGAGGAGAGCUAUAAAGUUAGCAACACACAUAUUAAAUAAUAAUUUUAGUUUUGAUUUCAAAUUGAAAAAAUAAAUGAUUCUCUGCUCUCACAGAUGAUUUUUGUAAAUAUUAGUAGAUACAUGAAAUAGAUUGUAUUAAAAGAAAAUACACCAAUGAUAUACGAAUGAAAUUUAAUGACUGUAACCAAAACAGAGAAUUCUACUUCCACUGUAGAUUUAGAGAAAGUGCAGUACUGUACGUCUGUGUAUAUUUUGUUUACAAAUUACUGUGAGUGUAUGUCCAUAAUCACACUCUUACUGACACUCAAGAUUGUGAUUUCUUAUUAAUCUUUUUCACUAAUCCAAAGCAUUGUUGUCACCGUUACUCUUGCCUGUGUGUGUGUGUGAGAAACCCACUGAAUGUCGUAGCAUUGUUCACCCCGAAGUAACACUCUGAAUCUUAGCAGGCUCUUCUGUUGUGUCAAAUGUUUGUCAACUCCUCCUUUGAUUACAAUAUUUGAUAUCCACAGAUUUGUUGUGUAGUUUGCCAUUCACUUGAAGUGUAUCAUAAUAUCGACAUGAAAUACAGACGUGGACAUUGUAGAAGCGGUCUGCCACCGUGCUGCAUUCAUUGGCAACUCAGAAUUUACACUCUCCAACCUGAAACAAUGAAAGUAAAUUGUACCAUUAGAUGGAUUUUGUUUUUAAUAACGCAAAUUGUGCAUUUUGCAUCAUUUACACAGAAAAUGCAAAGUAACUCUUGCUACUAUUACAGUGCUACUGAUGAGCACUUGUGGUUCAUAGAGUUUUUUUCUAUUAUGCAAGGGUAAGGACAGAAUUUUUAAUUUUAACUCUUUAGGGAAUGAAGAAUUAAUUUCUAUACAGAUGAAUUAAAAAGUUCCAUUUCCAUACCCCUGUUUUUAUGCACAUUUUUAAAACAAUAAGAUUCAAGGUUUGACUGGAGCUCUUAAUUGUGUCAGCCUGCUGCUAUUUAAAUAAUCGGUUACUGCAGAGGUGUUUAUGCUAAAAAAAAGUCCAGCUCUCUAUCAUUAUCCCCGUGCAGUAACUAUCUGAGUGAUUGUUAUGGGUCACUGUGUAUCAACACUACAUCUAUUGGUGUGAGUUUUUGAACACAUUUCAAGACCAUUAAUAGAUUAGACAGGCUCUAAUGUAUUGGUUAACUUUAUGCAUCUCUCCAUCAUUUUCUUUGACUUAUCCAGUUCACGGUUGCAGGGUGGAGUGUGUCUCAGAUGUCAGAGGUUAAAAAGUGAGGUAUAUCCUGGGCAGGUUACCAGUCUAUUGCAAGGCGUUCAUUUUAUCUGUUAAUAAAUAAUAAUAAAACAUCCCAGUCACUGUCAAUAGAUUGCUAUUUUGGAGAAAAGGGUAUGGCUAAGCCCCUUAAGGCCAGAAAUCUUGACAUCUGAUUGGCAUUUAAAGCCUUAAAAAACUUAAACCAGAACACAGUGGGUCUUACUACAAACAUGUGAGUGUUUUGUGUCUUUUCACUUUUGAAUUAAGUCUAAUAUCUUCCAUUAAUGAUCAUACACCUAGACAUAAUAUGUAGAUGUGAGAAAACAAGAUGUAAAUUAUAAAGAAGGGAAUACUGUGGAGCCAUUAGGUCAGAAAUAUUUGCCUUUCAUGUGGAUUCGUCAGGAAGAAAAAAUGUUGCCCAAACGUUAACUGCAUGUAAAUUAUGUACAAAAAGAUAACAUGAAAUUAGUCAGACUCAUUUCAUGUGUGUUUGUGCGUUGUGUGCUGGUUUAUCAUCUCCACACAGUGUCUCACAGAUGUCUGUCGCUAUCUGUGAGACAGAUGUAAUACUGAAGCAUUUUGAUGAGCGAUAGCUUUGGACAUGUUAAAGAUUUAAAGUGACUGACCUCAGGGCUUCAUAACUAACUGCUGUACAAUAUAUUCACUCACACAAACAGCAUAUAUACAGUACUUCUAUACCCUUAUCAGGUGCUUUCAAACCACUGUAGAUUUAUUGCUCUAAUCAGGAGCUUUUUUGCAAGAGUUGUACCGCUAUUAUUUCCAGAUAAAAUGUCAGAAAUAACAAUAUUACUAAGCACCAAAAUGUGGUAAAAAUGUUCCGCUUCCCAUGAUUCUGGUUUGAAAUGGUGGCUGCAGGAUGUGGCAUUAGCGAUUACUGUGGGCUAAGUGUUAUCUAGCUUCACAGAAGUGCCAGAAGGAUGUGUGUAUGUGCAUGUAAUGUUAAAGCUGGCUGUGUUUAAAAAACAAAUGUAAUAACCGGUGUAUGCUGGACCAAAUAACUUUCUAAAAUGUGUGUGGUGAUGAGCUGUACAACGUUGUCGUGUAAAUGUGUUUUCAUUAAAACACCACUCAUAA